AUGGCCGAGUCUUCUGAUCUCUUCAAAAAAUUAAAGAGAGAAAUUGAUGAAUGGAAGGAAGCUUUUGCAGAUGUUUAUUUUAGCAUUGAUGAUGUAUGGGUGAGAAGAUUUGCCUUCAAUUGCGAUGAAAAUGGAGAUUUGGUGAUUACAUGCCAACUUGAUCUCGACUAUUCCGAGUCCUAUCAUACACAUCUUUCUGUAGUGAUCCCCAAGUCAUAUCCGAAGGGAGAGUACACUUGCAUGGCAGGCUCUGAUUUUCAUGAAUUGAAAGGAGAGAAUGUUCAAGAUGUCCUCACUCAAGUAUUCUCACUGAUGAAGGAGAAGAGAGACAAGUUUUUGGAAGAAAUUCCAACUCCUGGAACCGGACUAUCUCACGGUCAUGGUGAUCAUGUGUUUGGAGACGAAGAAGAGCCUCACUCUGCAAUGGAUGAUCAUGACACACUCUUUAUCGAUGACGAUGAUGAUGAAAAGAGAAAGAGAUUUGAGUCCAUUGAGAAAGAUUUGGAGAAAGUCCGAAAAACAAAAGGUUGGCUCGGAUGUAGAGGUGCCUCUGGAAUGGAUCAAAUCAAAGUCUACCUGUACACUGAUCCAAAGCGUUUGAACAUCUCGGAAUUGGUGAGUGAGGCCUGGGGCUUGUCACUCUCCAAAUGGAUUUGUAUUUCUAUUACAUUUUCAAAUUAUUAUACCGAAUCCACAACAAAACCUCAAGUGGAGGCAUUCCAAUGUGGUGACACAAGCAUCAAAGAUCCAACUGCACUCAUUGAUAAUGGAAAAGUCAAAUUCGGACUUUAUUGGACUGUACAACAACGUUUGGAAAGAGACUUCUUUGCCAAAUAUUGGCCUAUUGAACUUUACAGAGACACUCUGCAACCCAAGAAUGGAAAAAACUAUAUGGAAUAUUUGUUGGACUAUACUGAGCAAGUGAUUAAAAACAGUCCAUCAAAAUGUUUGAUAUGUGGAGGCAAUCUUCCAUAUGAAGGAAUCAAACCAAUGUGUUGUGAAAAUCAACUUUGUAUUUUCUCUCACGAACAGUACGGAUUGGGAGUGGACUUGGAAUCAGCAAUUAAGAAAACUCCUGACAUUGUUGAUUUAUUUAUCAGUAUGUGUUAUGCAGCAUCUUCAUCCUACAUUUCCAAUCGAGGAUUCAACCCAUUCCAGCCAUUCCCAAUGGGUUUAGAAAUUAAAAUUCGAGACAAGGCAACUGACAAGGUCACAACUUAUAACUUUUUAACAAGUGAUGGAAAAGAAGAUAAUGCCAAGGUUCGAGAAGUUCUUGACAAAGUUCCUUCUAUUAAGGUAUUGGACGAAUGGGUCGAUGAGGGUAAACUCAAAGAUCGAUGUGACGAAAAGCAUCCAUUACUCUAUCCACUUCUUCGUUGGAUUUUAGCGAGCGCCAGAGUCCAUUUGAAGAAAUUGUCACCAAAAGAACAGAUCAGUGAAAUGAAAACAGAGCACCAGUACAUUUUAAUGAGCUCCACUCCAGACAAGGAACGUAGAUUCCAAGAAUUGAAGAAGAAGUAUGGAUCGAUUUUAGCCUUCCAUGGCUCUGCAUUGGGUAAUUGGCACUCAAUCAUGCGUAAGGGAUUGCUUAAUUUGAGUGGUACUGCUGGAAUGGUGAAUGGAGCAGCAUACGGAAAUGGAGUGUAUCUGGCCGCAAACGCAAAUGUCAGCUUUGGAUAUAUGAGAUACCAAUCAGGAUGGAGCAAUUCCAUUACCUUCAAAUCCUCUCAAAUCGGUUGUUUGGCUUUGUGUGAAAUUAUCAAGGCUCCAGAACUUAUUCAAAAAUAUGGAGCCAACAUGACACCAAAUCCAUACUAUGUUAUUCCCAACGAAGAACACUUGCAGACUCGUGCAUUCUUUAUCUACACGACCCAACAACACCACAGCGUUGAAGGUAGAGAUUUGAAGCUUCCAAAGAUUGAAUUCAAUUAA